UGUUCACUUUUAUCAAAAACUUUUGAAAUUAUUCUGUUUAGACGGGAUGAGUUUUUAUGCGAAUGCUUAAACGACUAUCUUCUGUUGUUAUACGCAUUCACGGCUGAUGUCACGCAAGAGGGAGGAAAAAAAAAAAAAAAAAGAGAAGAAAAGUAAAAGGAAGAAAAUCGCAUCGUUUCGCAACGAUUUUUCAAGUGUUUUCAACAACCAACGCGCCCCUCUCGACAACGAAAUACAAUCUGCGCUCGUUAGCUCUUGUAAUUAUUAAGCGUCUCAUAUCCGACAUUUAUUGUUGAACACUGAACGAUCGUUUAAUAGUUAUUUAUUGAUACUCCAUGCGAAAGGGAAGACACACAUGGAUGCUUCUGAAUUGAUUUUGAAUCUCGUGCAGAAAGCCGCGAUUAAAACGGAAGUCAAGGAGAAGGGUCUGUGCGAUCGGGAACAUUUUCCCAAACGUGAGGACAGUCCAUCCCCUGAUCGACACGCCGUCGCCGAGAACUCGUUUUCCCGCGGCGUGUCCGAGAGAUCGUGCGACGAUUGUAAAAAGGAGAAGGCGAAAGGUGAGAUGUUCAAAGUUUCCCUGACGACGGCCGACGAUGAUUUGGAGAACGACAAGGAGAACGUGCCGAGGAAGAAGAUACGCGUGGAGGCGAGGCCGAUCGGCGAUAAUCGUGAGAAAAGCAACGAGGAGAAAAUCUUCGUGCUGCAGCAACUUGGUCGAUCGCAGAUACAUCCAGACGGAGGUGGAUUCCCGGCGUUUCUAUGCAUCGACGACAGGAUUGCCGACACAAACGGGGUUAAACGAAAAAUUCCACGGCCAGCGAACGCUUUCAUGCUGUUCGCCAACGAGUGGCGUAAAAAACUUGCCGCGGAGAAUCCACGGGAGUCGAACAAGGACAUUAGCGUUAGGCUAGUUUCCCCUUUCUGCAGUAUAUAGCUCGUAAUUCGUUUGACGACAAUCUUUGUUUGUCAAUUUUUUUCUUUUUCUUUUUA